GCCAAGGCCACCCCUCUAAUACUAGCCAAUCUGCGGAAAAAUCCUAAUGCAAUUUCGUAACCAUUACUAUUAACUUCAUCCUUUGUCGAUCGCGUCUGCUUUUAACCGUUAUUUGUUGUGUAAUAAUUUGCACCAUAAUAUGGCGACCGGUGACGAUUCCAAAUUCUACAACGAACACGAUGACCGAGUCGGAGGUCCCCAGUUUCGCAAUCGUAAGGGUCGCGGCCCUUUCAGGUGUCGCAUGUACAGUGGACAGGGGUCGAGACCGCGGCCGCGGGGUGGCCGUGGAGGGGGUGGGCCAGGACCUCGCAGUAGAUUCGAAGACAACGAUGGAGAUGUCGCGAUGAACGACGGGAGCUCGCAGGAUGGAGCUUCGCAGCGUAGAUUUAACCCUUACUGGCGGCGCAAUCACAGGGCUGAUGAUCGUUUCAGCCAGGAACGUGGAGGAGAAGGUGGUGGAGGUCACAGAGCUGGAGGCAGAGGAGGAGGAAGAGGAGGAGGAGGAGGAGCAGGAGGAAGCCAGAAAAGCUGGUUCAGGAUGACUAUCCCCUAUGGAAAGAAAUAUGACAAGAAGUGGCUUCUGGGUGCCCUACAGAACAUCUGCCCUCUGCCCUUCACUCCCAUACAUUAUCACACAGAAGGCAAUAGAGUGCAGUUCUACAUCGAAGAUUCCACUACUGCUCAUGCCCUGAGCAAAGUCUCACGGAAGAUAACCGACACAGAGGGCUACAAGGUGGCAGUGCUGAUGAACUCUUCUGCACCUCCCUCUUUCGUUCAGACAGAGCUGAAAGCAGAGGAUCUGGAGCAUGUGAAGCAUUGUAUGGCGAAGCGUUUUGAUGGCUCGCAGCAAUCCCUUGACUUGAACAGCAUUCGAAUAGACCCUGACUUGGUGUCCCAGAAUAUUGAGGUGAUCUUGAGCAGAAAGAGCUGCAUGCAGGCUGUGAUAAAGAUCAUUGCGGAGAACAUUCCAGAGCUGGUUAGUUUGAACCUGAGCAAUAACAGGCUGUACAAGCUGGAUGAUGUGGCAGAGCUAGUCAACAAGGUGCCAAACCUGAAGGCGCUCAACCUUUCCCAGAACGAGCUAAAGAGUGAGCGAGAGCUGGACAAGGUGAAAGGUUUUAAGCUGGUGGAGCUGUGGCUGGAGAAGAAUCCCCUGUGUGAACAUUUCAAGGACCAGCUCACCUACAUCAGCGCUGUCAGAGAACGGUUUCCUAGACUACUCAAGCUGGAUGGUAAUGAUCUCCCACCGCCAAUAGGAUUUGACAUAGAGGUUAUUCCCACUGCCCUUCCCCCUUGCAAGGGAAGUUACUUCAAUUCAGAUGACAUCAAGAGUCUCAUCCUACGCUUUCUCCAACAGUAUUACUCUAUUUAUGACUCGGCUGACCGGCAACCCCUGCUGGACGCCUACCACGACGGGGCCUGCUUCUCCAUUUGCAUCCCGUUCACCAUGCAGAACCCGUCCAGGUGCAGUCUAGGGGAUUAUCACAAGGAUUCUCGCAACAUAAAGAAAAUCAAAGAUCCCACCACACGGUUCCGUUUGCUGAAGCACACGCGCUUGAAUGUGGUGGCCUUCCUAAAUGAGUUGCCCAAGACACAGCAUGAUAUCGCCUCCUUCAAUGUUGACGUCAAUACCUACACCAACACAUUAUUGUCAUUUACAGUCAGUGGGGUGUUCAGAGAAGUUGAUGGUAAAUCUCGAGACUCCACCAGGGCAUUUUCCCGGGUGUUCAUCGCAGUGCCAGCUGGAAAUGCUGGUCUGUGCAUAGUGAACGAUGAGCUGUUUGUGCGCAAUGCGACCACGGAGGAAAUUCGGAGUGCCUUCGCAGCCCCCGCGCCGACCCCGUCCAGCAGCCCCGUACCCACGCUCUCCGCCCCCCAGCAGGAAAUGCUCUCUGCCUUCUCCCUCAUGUCCGGCAUGAACCUGGAAUGGUCACAGAAGUGCCUGCAGGACAAUGAGUGGGAUUUCAACAGAGCUGGAGAGAUUUUCACCAAACUGAAGGCUCAAGGAAGUAUCCCAGAAGCAGCUUUCAUAAAGUGAGGACAGAAGGAGAGAAUGUUGUACAUCAGUGAGCUUAAGCCAGUAUAAUCAUGUUUAUCUGAUCAAAUGGAUUUUUUUUUUUUUAAGUUUUAAUUUUUAAAUGGAAUUUCUUUUCGGAUGGAUUUGUCCAGGACUGAUUAUGCAUAAGGAAGUGAGAGAUUUACUGUAUUUGAGUGCUUGUUAUUAUUAAUAUUACUGUUAUUGUAUUGAUGUUACAUAGUAUUAUUACACUACAGCUAUUGUAAUUAUAAUUAAACUACUGUAAUUAUUUUGAAUUCAACAUUUAUUUUGUAUGCUUAAUUCAAUUUUGUACAACCUACUUUAACUCAAGUAGUGGAUAUUCUGUGUCUGUUUUUAAAGAUACAGACACAGACCUCAGCCGUUCCAUGAUAAGACAUUGAUGUAAUACAGAGAAGUUUGAAGGGUGAUUAAAAUAUUUUUGACUCACUGUCAUCACCAACUAUUAGGAAACUGAAUAUAUAGCUCUCCAGUGACUGGGAUGUAUUUCUUGUGUCGUGAACCAGAAUCAGGUCAGACAAAAAGCAUUUAUCCACUAGGGCUGUCGCGGUGAAGGAAUUUCCCCUGCGGUGAUUUAGGGUGGCUCAACAGCGCAAUAUGCGGUAUUAUCGCCUUUGUUUUUUGCAAAUUACAUAAAUCGAUUUUAGUGCUUUAUUGCUAGGCAGGUAUAUUGUUGCUUUUUAAAUGACAAAGAUGACAGAGUUUUAAAACAAAAUAAAAACUUGUUUAUCGUUAAUUGCGAACACAGAAGGGCAAUGAGGCGCAAUAAGAACGCAAGGUAGGCUACACACUUUUUCCCCUUUAUGAAAAAAAAGGAAUUAAGCUUCGCCCAUAGCCUAGGCUAGAUAUAAAUUGUCCCCCUUAUUCGCUGGUUCAGUUACCCGCGGUCCAAAAAUAUUAAAUGGAAAAUUCCAGAAAUAAACAAUUCUUAAGUUUUAAAUUGCGCGCUGUUCUGAGCAGUGUGAUGAAAUACAGUAUCUUUGAAACAUCCCUUUGUCCAGCGUAUCCACGCUGUAUACGCUACCCGUCCGUUAGUCACUUAGUAGUUGUCCCGGUUACUUGUGUUACCUCGGUAACUUGUGUUCAAGUAACC